GCGGUUCCCGGCUGGUGACCGCGUCUCCAGAACGUCCUCGGAGCGCACGGAGGGCGGGGAGGGGGGGGGCUGAACGGCCGCUUUGACGGACUCGCCUUCACGCUCCGCGAACAGCGAACGGCAGGUUCGGCCGAAGGCUGCGGGCAUGCCGGUCAACGACCCGGAGAUGGCCCUGGGCUACCAGAGGCCAGAUGAGGAGGUGGUGGUAGACCAGGGAGGGACAAGCUCGGUGUUGAACAUUCACUAUGAGAAGGAGGAGCUGGAAGGCCACCGGACUCUAUUUGUGGGCGUUCGAAUGCCCAGGCAGAGCCACCGUCACCACAAGCCUCACGGCUCCCGCCACCGCAAGAGAGACAGGCGGGCGGGAAGCAAUGCAGCCCAGCAAAGCGAGGGAAGUGAUGCGGCCACCUCCAGUCACGACACGCCGUCCCAGAGGGUGCAGUUCAUUCUGGGCGCCGAGGAGGAUGCCGAACAUGUGGCCCACGAGCUGUUCACCGAGCUGGACGAGAUCUGCGUGAAGGAGGGCAGAGAUGCCGAGUGGAAGGAAACGGCCAGGUGGCUGAAGUUUGAGGAAGACGUGGAGGACGGCGGCGAGCGGUGGAGCAAGCCCUACGUGGCCACGCUCUCCCUCCACAGCCUGUUUGAGCUGCGCAGCUGCAUCAUCAACGGCAGCGUGCUGCUGGACAUGCGCGCCGACUGCAUCGAAGAGAUCGCGGACAUGGUGCUGGACCACCAGGAGGCGUCGCAUGAGCUGGACGACAGCGUGAGGGUGAGGGUGCGAGAGGCUCUGCUGAAGAGGCACCACCAUCAGAACGAGAAGAAGAAGAACCUGAUCCCCAUCCUCAGCUCCAUCGCAGAGGGGACCCGCAAGACGUCCGAGCCCCACCUCACAGCAGGUCCGGCCACGUCUCCCCAGCCCCCUCCUGCCGCAGAGCCACUGAAGAAUGGUGCUGGGCAGGAUGCUUCUCAGAUGGACCUCAGCAAGGUGGACAUGCACUUCAUGAAGAAGAUCCCCGAGGGCGCGGAGGCCUCCAACGUGUUGGUGGGAGAGCUGGACUUCCUGGAGAGGUCCAUCGUGGCCUUUGUCCGCCUGUCCCCUGCUGUGCUGCUCACCGGACUCACCGAGGUCCCCAUUCCCACCAGGUUCCUCUUCAUUCUCCUGGGCCCAGAUGGAAAAGCCCAGCAAUACCACGAAAUUGGACGCUCCAUGGCCACUAUUAUGACGGAUGAGAUCUUCCACGAUGUAGCAUACAAGGCAAAGGACAGAAGCGACCUGCUGGCGGGGAUAGACGAGUUCCUGGACCAAGUGACCGUCCUGCCGCCGGGCGAGUGGGACCCCUCCAUCCGCAUCGAGCCCCCUAAGAACGUGCCCUCGCAGGAGAAGAGGAAGAUCGCCGGGGUCGUCAACGGCGCGGCCUGCCAGGUGGAGGAGGAGCUGCACGCCGAGCACCACGGGCCGGAGCUGCAGAGGACUGGACGCCUGUUCGGUGGCCUGGUCCUGGACGUCAAAAGGAAGGCGCCGUUCUACCUGAGCGACUUCCGGGACGGGCUCAGCCUCCAGUGCGUGGCGUCCUUCCUCUUCCUCUACUGCGCCUGCAUGUCGCCCGUCAUCACCUUCGGAGGGCUGCUGGGGGAGGCCACGGAGGGACGCAUUAGCGCCAUCGAGUCCCUGCUGGGUGCUUCCAUGACCGGGGUGGCCUACUCCCUGUUUGCCGGGCAGCCGCUCACCAUCCUGGGCAGCACGGGUCCUGUGCUCGUUUUCGAGAAAAUCCUCUUCAAGUUCUGCAGGGACUACAAGCUGUCCUACUUGUCGCUCAGGACCUGCAUCGGCCUGUGGACGGCCCUGCUGUGCCUGGUGCUGGUUGCCACCGACGCCAGCUCCCUGGUGUGUUACAUCACUCGAUUCACGGAGGAGGCCUUCGCCGCCCUCAUCUGCCUCAUCUUCAUUUACGAGGCCUUGGAGAAGCUCUUCCACCUGGGGGAGCUCUACCCGUUCAACACGCACACCGACCUGGACCAACUCACGCUGGCGUACUGCAGGUGUGCGGAGCCCGAUAAUCCGGGGACAAUGACCUUGGAGCUGUGGAGCAAGAGGAACGUCACGGCCUCUACUGUGCAGUGGGCCAACCUCACUGUCAAGGAGUGCGUGAGUCUGCAGGGCCAGUUCGUGGGCACGGCGUGUGGCCACCAUGGCCCGUACACCCCAGACGUUCUCUUCUGGUCCACCAUCUUGUUCUUCUCCACUUUUUUCAUGUCUGCCUUCCUCAAACAGUUCAAGACCAGUCGCUAUUUUCCCACCAAGGUGCGGUCUAUGAUCAGUGACUUUGCCGUCUUCCUCACCAUCGUCAUCAUGGUUCUCCUUGACUAUGCCGUCGGGGUCCCCUCCCAGAAGUUGAAGGUGCCCAGUAAAUUCCAGCCCACCAGAGAUGAUCGAGGUUGGUUGAUCAACCCCAUCGGCACCAACCCGUGGUGGACAGCUCUGGCUGCUUCUAUUCCCGCUCUUCUCUGCACAAUCCUUAUUUUCAUGGACCAGCAGAUAACUGCCGUGAUCAUCAACCGCAAAGAACAUAAACUGCUGAAGGGCUGCGGGUACCACCUGGACCUGCUCAUGGUCGGCGUCAUGCUGGCGGUGUGCUCCAUCAUGGGCCUGCCCUGGUUUGUAGCAGCCACCGUUCUGUCCAUCUCCCACGUCAACAGCCUGAAGCUGGAGUCGGAGAGCUCGGCUCCGGGCGAGCAGCCUCGUUUCCUGGGCAUCAGGGAGCAGAGGCUCACGGGCCUGCUCAUCUUCCUGCUCAUGGGCUGCUCUGUGUUCAUGACUGGAGCCCUGCAGUUCAUUCCUAUGCCGGUGUUGUACGGUGUUUUCCUUUACAUGGGAGCUUCUUCAUUAAAAGGCAUUCAGUUCUUCGACCGCCUGAAGCUGUUCGGCAUGCCGGCCAAGCACCAGCCGGACUUCAUCUACCUGCGGCACGUGCCCCUGCGGAAGGUGCACCUGUUCACGGUCACGCAGCUCACCUGUCUGGUGCUCCUCUGGAUCAUCAAAACCUCACCCGCUGCCAUUAUCUUUCCCAUGAUGGUGCUGGCGCUGGUUUUCAUCCGCAAGCUCCUCGACCUGUGUUUCUCCAAGCGGGAGCUCAGCUACCUGGACGACCUAAUGCCGGAGUGGAAGAAGAAAAACCUUGAUGACGCAUCUAAGAAGAUUGACGAGGAAUCAGAGGUUAUGAUCACGUCAAAGAAAGAAGAUGAGAUCAGUGUUCAGAUUCCCCUGGAAACAAGCCCGCCUGUCCAGUCCCCAAAAGCACAUGACCCCAAGUGUGACCCUUCUGAGAUUAACAUAUCUGAUGAAAUGUCUAAAACCACAGUGUGGAAAUCCCUCAGCUCUAAUCAAAGUGACCCUCGUCCCGUGGCUGUUAAGAAGGAUUGAAGAGAUCGCGUUUAUAGAUGAGUGAAGGGCGUCCUGGCAGACUGGGCCGAGUUACCACAGGACGCCAUGUUGGUUGCUUCGACCUUCAACCUCAGUGCUUAGAGAAACUUAAAGAUUUCUACCAGCUACCAGGAACACUCCCACAAAAUCAACGGUGUAACGCGCUCACACACACACACACACACACACACACACACACACACACACACACACACACACACACACACACACACACACUUCUGUCUUUGUGAGGAAAUCUGGAUUUUCAAAACUGUUAGAACUGGUGCUUAGCUAAAAGUUAGCUCUGACCCGCAUGUAGGUCUAAUCUCAGUCACACUGACCAUCAUUAUGACACUGCACCUUAAGCGUCAUCUACUUUAAUGGAUCACCACCGUCUUGAUGCAUUGCCCGUUGCUGGACAGCACACAGGAAAGCGCAUCUACUGCCUAUUUCGAAAUGCAGUUAAAGGAUUUUUAAGGCUAACAGCUCACUUUCAAUUACGCCGGGCAAAGCAGCGAGCCACACUCUGAUAAUGGAAACUAGAAACAAAUCCUGGAGCUGCUCCACCACACAGUGAAUAAUGAACCAACUGCGAGAGCACUGUGACAGCUGCUGGCAGCAAGGCCUGGACUCACGGCUGAAAUUGGUUUGGAUGCAGGAAUACAAACACUUACAACCCAGUCAGUCAGUCAGUCAGUGUUACCGGCCGAUCUCUGAAAAUGUCAUGUGAGUGAUUUAUUCUCAGCUGGCAGGGCGGCAGCUGUUGUUUGUCUAUAUAUAUAGACUUUACUGACCUACAUCAAUCUGUCUGUAGAGGGGAUGCUACUACACAAAUAGCCAUAGGUACCGUUUGAUUAGGUGCACCCACUGAAACAGAUGCAGUGUCAUACUGAAGGUCUCCAGUAAUCAUGCGUUCACAGAUCACCCACUUUGAAUUCAUGCAGUGCAGCGUCCUUUUCCUCACGUGCUCCUCGCAAAGACAGAAGAGCCCCCACAUUCAACACAGAGACCUCUCUACUUGCCUUUUCACUCUUUCAUAAGAAAUGACAGAUUGUAAAGGCUCCUUCGAUGUGAACCACUUCUAUUUUUGUUAUUCUAAGUAGGUUUGUCAAGUCUACUAAAUCUACUGAAGUGUCUUUUUAUUCAGUAUGUUUUUGUUUUGUUUUAUUACAGUAGUGGUGAAAAGCUAAAUUAGCUAAUAGGUUAGAAAAACUACAUUGCAGGUUCAAUACAUAGGUAAAUCCUCUUAUAGGCCAUAAAAUGUUGUGUCUGUUUGGUGUUUGGUGGGAUAAAAACUGAAGCAUAAAUCCCUUGAACUAAAGAUUGUGUAGGAUGGAGGUCGAUCUACUGAAUGUUUGUCACGCGUUAGUACUGUGUCUCGUUUCUUUACCUCAGACCAGGUCCUAAAUGCUCCUGCAAGGCCCUUUGGAUGACAUCAGGAAACCAGAGCCGUGUGUGUGUGUGUGUGUGUGUGUGUGUGUGUGUGUGUGUGUGUGUGUGUGUGUGUGUGUGUGUGUGUGUGUGUGUGUGUGUGUGUCUUUGAGGGAUACAGAUUAUUCUUAUUUUAAGCAAUAAUUUACCCCAAAUCCAAAUCAAAGUAUUUAAGCUACAAACAUUACUUUAUCAGGUUCUGUUGUGCCAGUGCUCAUCUGCCUCUGGUGAAUAGAGGCUGUUCAGGAAACUCUAACAUUUAAAGACUAAAAACACUUUCAUUAUGUGCCAAAGAAAACAUUUCAAUCAUUUUCAAUAAAAUCUGGCAAUUCACAUGCUUCACAUCACGUUUCGAAUCAAACAAAGUUCAUCCCCGAGUCACAACUGAUGGUUGUAGGACUAAAACCUAGUCUACAAACAGAAUUGCCCGUUGAAAUCUUUGAAGGAAUUGUUACUAUAGUGACUUGGUGUUUUGAUUUGUGAAUUAAUUGACUGUAUUUCAUUUUUUUUACGAUCAGUAUAUGAAAAGUACAGUAACUAAAGCUGGUGAUUGUUUUAAGAUAAAAGUACCUUUUUAUUGUAAUGUUUCUGGUCAUCACAAAGGUGAGAGAGCUGCAGGCAACAGAGAUAUUAGAGUGUGAAGAGGGAUGUUCAAACACCUACCAGUAACUUUGUAGUUGCACUUUCUGUAGAUAAAGAACUUGUGAUAUAUUUUAUUUUAAGAGAUAUAUUCAGGAAAUAACUUAUUUUAUAAUACAUUAUUGGGUUUACUUACAUUUAGAUAUGUGUUUCAGGCUGUUUUUACUUUCUGUAUAUACUGUACUGUAAUAAACACGGGAACCUGAGACAAGAGAAGAAUACAGCACAUAAUUGAAGGAACUCAACAGAAACAGUCUUGAAACUGCUCAUUAAACAAUAAUUGGUUGACAUUUAAUUGACAAAUGGAAGGUAGUAAAACAAUCUUUAGCAAAGUUAUCAUAGAAAUAAACUGACUAACGUGAGGCUGACGCUCAUGAGGGAUUCAAUUCUUAAUCUAUAGCAUCAUAAUAACUCAUUGAAAUGUUUCAGUUAAUCUGGGUGUUUUGUUAUACCGUACUUUUUCAAGUUACUCAUCAUCACUGAACUCAUCACUGUCUUAUGAACAUUGUCAAAGGCUUUAGCUCCUCGGUCCCCAUUGUUUGUUUUAAAUGGCUUUAAAACAAAGUGCACAAGUGAAGUCCUUGCUUGAACGUCACAUGCAGUGAAGGUUUGGACGGUGUGUUUGCAGUCGCGUAGUCCGCUUUGACUUAUGAAUAUGAACUGUUUCCGUGUGUCUAAAGACCCACCACUAAAAUGAAAAAAAUAAAAUAAAUAGUAAAGAAAAAAGGAGAGGCAGACGUUCUGUAGGAGAACUCAAACCAGUUGUUAAACAUCAUGUGUCUUGAUCUUCAGCUCAUUAAUGUAUUGAGUAUGUGAAUGUGCUAAACAUAUGGUGAAAUGCCUUCUGUGUGCUGUGCUUAACUGCAUAUACCUGUGACCAUCAGAAUUGUACAUUGAUUGAUGUGAGUUUAAAUAUGCGCUGUACAUGUGUGCCUGUCAUAGAAUACAUAACCACGGCCUGUUGUGCUGUCAGUUUUGGCAUUUAACCCCUGAACGUCUGACCAAAACGUCAGUGAUGAGCCUCAGGCUCUAGAAGAAGAUUUUUUUCUUUUUCACAUAUAAAUACAGCAGGAAAUCCAUGUUUCAAAUGUCCCCCUCCUCUGCCUGUGUUCUGCACCUGACACGAUGCAGGACGAUUGACGAGAAGACUAAACCAGUGCCCACUUUAAGAGAGUUAAUGAAGGAAAGCCAGAUGCAGUGUGUGUCUAAAGCACAAGGCUUUACAGGAGCAGUGCGUCUGUACUGCAGCAACCGUAAUAGUCCUAGAGCCAGAAACGGAGCAAUGUCGUUUCUUCAACCGCUGAACGGUCUCUGUAGUGCUGAGCGGAAGAGCUCUGUGUUUUAUAUGUAGACGUGAUGAUGUAAACUGGAAAAUAAACAAGUACAAGUGAAAUGGAACAAA